AUGGUUGUUGCCCCCCACAAAGUGCCCGAUGUAUUGGAGAUUCUGGGCAAAUCUGAGAUUAAAUAUGAACUGCAGUCCAAGGACUUCCAAAAGUCGUUGGAUGAGAUUGACGAGAAGGUGGCACCCAAGGGUCGCGCCAGCUCUGAAUACAAUUGGGGCCAGUAUUACGAACUGGAGGAUACCUAUACCUGGAUGCAGUCCUUGGCCAAGCAAAACCCAAAGACUGUCACACUGAUCGAGGGUGGCAAAACCUAUCAGGGUCGUUCAAUUCUGGGCCUGAAGAUUUCCAAGAGUGGCAGCGAGAAGCCCGGCAUCUUCAUCGAGGCUGGUAUUCAUGCUCGAGAGUGGAUCGCCCCAGCGGCUGCUACCUUUAUUGUCAACCAGCUGCUCACGUCAAACGUGGAUUCUAUUAAGCAGUUGGCCGACAACUACAAUUGGUACGUCUUCCCCCAUGCCAAUCCCGAUGGCUAUGUCUACACUCACACCAAGGAUCGCCUAUGGCGUAAGACC